AUAAGUGUACAGGUUGUGGACUGGAUGUUUGUUAAGCUGGACAAGAAGAAGGGAAAGAUUGGCCAAAUACACUUAGUGUCUGUGAUCACAGACACUAAAUGUCUAUGUUUAUCUGAUGUACAAAUGAGGUACCUCAUUUUGGUGUUUACCCUAAAUUUAUUCUUUCUAGUUACAUACAUAUGCUUGCUUGGAGAGUCAUGUUCUGUGGAUGGGAAGAAGUCACUGCACGCUUUUACCGACCAUAUUGGAAUUAGAACAGAUUUGGAACUAGAGCUUCGCCUACAUGAACUGUAAUCGCGGAAUAGCGGAUUGGAAGAGUCUUAUUCAUCGCCGAUCGAUUUCACCCAAACCUGCCGCCUUCAUCGCCGAUCGGUUUCGCCCUAACCUGCCGCCGCAGAUCUUCCUUCUUCAUCGCCGCAGAUCCAGUUCACCUUCUUCAUUGCCGACCUUCCUUUAGCCCAAAUUAAACGCCGGCUGUACGGUUCUUCCCGUACAACCGGUUGUACGAUAUAAAUUGCGAUAUUUGUGUGUUAGAUUAUGUUAUGUGUGGCAUAAAUGUGACUGAGCGGU